CAUCUGAUGUUGUACUCCAUCUGAUAGAAAAAGAGAGAGAGAUGCUUGUGGGAUUUUGUAGAGCUGUUGGUUUGGUUCCAGGAUUCACAAUGAAAACUGAGUUGCGAAGUAAGCAGAAUAUUGUCUAUCUGGUUGCAGUCCAGGAAUGCAGCCCCCACCCCUUUCACUCCCUCUGUAACUGAACAAAAGACAUCAGAGAAGUACAAUUAAGUUCCUGUCCUACUUGGAUUUAUUUCAACACCGAAGGUAGUGUUAAAUCAAGCAAAAAACAAAGAAAAAGUUUUCUAAACUGUCCCUAGCUGUUUAGAAGAACAUUUGAUCUCCGCUAAGGAGGAGGCCCCAGACUGCAUUUGGACCAAUCGUUGAAGUUUUGGAGGAAGGCAAGACAGACUUCAUCUACUAACUCUGCUAAAGAAUGUAGUGAAGGCAAAAAAAAUAUAGAAAAUAGAAAUGGAAAUCCAACAUGAUGUAUGCAGCUGUAAUAUUUGCUAUCAUGAAGUAGCUUAUCCUUGGAGGAUUUGAAAGAGAAGUGUCACAACAAGCAGAGAACUCCACAAUCAACUGACCAUAGUUUAGAAACAUUUAUAAAGACCAUCAUAUGCUGGUAUCCUCUGCUUGUACAUAUGCCUCAUUCAUACUCUGCUGUGUGCAGCAUCGAGGACGAGUGGGAGUCUAAACCACCAUUUUGACUCAAAGACCAGUGCCUGCUUGAUGCGAAUGGUUUGUGUAGGAGCCAGAAACGGAAAGUGUGUGUACACCCUGAGACCAUUGGAAAAUACAAUUGUGAUCACGUUGAAGACGGUGCUUAUGCUAAGUGGAAGUUGACACAAUGCUGACUGUUAAAUUGCCUCAACUCUUUCAGUUUCACCAAGUACCUAGGGUUUUCCGUGAAGAUGGAAUCAUUUCUGGUUAUCGUCACCCAAGAAGCUCUGCCUUUGACUGCGUCCUCAGUAGUUUCCAAAUGACCAAUGAGACAGUGAAUAUUUGGACUCACUUCCUGCCAACAUGGUACUUCCUGUGGAGGUUUUUGGUGCUGUCUUACUCUAUGGAUUUCCGCAAUGAGGCUUACACCUGGCCUCUCCUUCUUUACAUGCUAGUGAUCUGUUUGUACCCAUUUACUUCAAGCUGUGCUCACACUUUCAGCUCAAUGUCUGCCCAUGCUCGCCACAUCUGCUAUUUUUUAGACUAUGGAGCACUGAGUCUGUAUAGCUUUGAAAAGGCUGUAGAAGACCACACACCAGACAACUUGCAGAUGGCAGGCAACAGACCUGAGAGAAACAUGACAUUAGAACCAAAGAAAGGACUGGGAGUACAGUGUGUAAUCCAUGAGGAUAAUGAGAAGAGUUUUUUUUUUACAGGUCACAGCCAUCAGCUGUUCCAUGUUUGUGCAAUUGUAGGUACCCACUUUCAGAUGGAGGCUAUUCUCACAGAUAUGUCAUCUCGACAACCUUGGCUGCUUACAAACACAUCACUGCCCUCCUUCCUUGGCACAGUGGCUGUUGGAAUGACAGCUGUGCUGGGAAACUUCCUUAUCAUUGGGAUUUUCACUAGCAUCAUCAUCUGUUCUCCAAAGUCUUCCUGCAUCCUGCAGACCUCCCUUUCUGAGUCGACAGAUCUCAAAGUGCAAUGAUGUUGUAUCCUGCUACAAAAACUUGAAAAAACAACCUAUGAGAUAACAGUAGUUCAUAAAUUCAGUCUGACUUUGAGGACAAGGCAGAGCCCUUUUGCCUUGGAGUUUACUUAGAGGUUGGUACGCAUGACCUGACCAGUGGAAUACAAGUUUUACUGGUACACUGCUAGGGUAAAAAAGAAUGUGGUAUGAUGUGGCUUUCACAGGGGCAGAGUAUAUGAACUUGUCUUUCAGGGGAAAAAACAGUGGCUUGUGGGAUUACAGUAUGAGGAUGAAUAACGUAACUGUGAUAGGUAGAUCACAAUUACUUAACCAUACAGUAUUUAUGGCAUAACUAAUGCAGAUCAGCUAAAUAUAAACAUUUUGGAUACUUAGGAAUUGUACUGCCAUUUAAUAAGCAUUAUUCUGAGUCUAAGUAAUUAUUAACAAAAUGGAAGGAUUAUUUAUCGGCUACUUGAUUAGGCUUUAUUUUCUUAACCCAUAAUGAUUUCUCUUUUAUUUGGUGCAGUGCAGGCAUAUAUAAUAGCAAUACUGUGCACAACACCAGUGAAGAAAUAGUAGAAAGCCAUACUUGUGAAACUAUAUGCUGUUGUUAUAGCUAACUUUGUAAUCAUAAUAACACUUCUAAAUCAAAUAUCCUAAAACAAUAUUACUUCAGUUAACAGCCUGCCAGGUGAAGGCAUCCCUUGGCCAAAUGUCUGCUCCCACCCAAAGAGAUGUCACAGACUUAUCAGAUGGACCAUAAACAUACAAAAGAGAAUAUAAACUCCAAAUAUACAAACACCUGAAAAAGGAAAUAUCGAAAUGAUAUUAGCUAUAGUCAAAAAAUAAAUCUAAAAAUAGUUUCACACACAACAUGAAAAUAGAGUUUUGACAGCAAAAGCAUAAAUUUCCACUUUUUCAAGGCUGUAGGAACACAAUCUGAGAAUAUAUAUUUAGCAGGGUAGAAAGGUACAAGAAGGUUUGACUUUGGAAAAAAAUAUUGUUUAUUUGGAAUUUUAACUCCAGUGUUUUGCAGUUGUGUCACGUAUAUAUUUUUGUAAUAUUUCACGAUUUUUUUUGUUUGAAGCUUUUGCAUCUUUUGAGAUUUUAUUUUCAGUCUUUUACUUUUCUAUCAUUUAUAUUUCAGUUUUUUGAAUGGGAAGCCAGCCAUUUUUAUGCUCUGGUUAUAGUUGAUAGUGUGAUUUUAUACUGCAAAAAAUAUGAACUUCCUAGUCAUCUGAAAAGCAUCUGACUGAUAAAGAAAUACUACAUUUCUGGUAGAGCAGGCUAGCAAUUCGUGUGCAGAUUGGGUGUUAACAGUUAAGUCGAAAUGUUUUGGUCAAAUCUGAUUUUUGCAAAUGUUACUUUUGAAUGAAAUGCCUUCCUGGACCCCUUUUCCGGUAGUUUUUGCUUUCAUGGUCCUGGAAUGCCAAAAUAUUACUUUUAUAGUAAUCUUUAGGGUGCAAUGUAGCAGGGUAACUUUGCAUAUUCUACUCCAUGCAAACUGAUAGUAUGUAUGUGUUCUUUACAGAACACAUACUUUCAGACAGAUGUGGAAAAAUUAUGAAUUACUUCAGAAUCAGAUUAAGUUGGAACAAGCAAAUAAGGACUAGAUCUGCCAGGAAUUUAGAGAAAGCUGAUGCGUCUUCUUAAGUAUUAAUGUUUUAUUUUACAAAGUACUGUAGUACAUUUCCAAUAACCCUCUCAGGAAAACAGAGAUUGGAUUGAGUUUUUAAAUAAGUUAUCUGGAACCUGGAACCUGGUACAUAACUUUUUACAGUGAAUAUUUUAAUAAUGCUAUACCAUAGAAACAUUGCCACACAAUGGAUGGGAUUCAGAAAGGUCUAAUGCAAGUGGGAAGCCUUAACAUGAGUGGUUUCCCCCUUGCAGUAAUUCUUUCUGAUUUAUAGAUCACCCUACUUCUGCGGUUUCCUGCUAGUGGAAGCCACAACACAUAGGGCAGUCUCACUGAUAGAGAUGCAUGCUAAUUUGGCAAUCUGGAGGAGUGACUUAUGCUAAUUAGCUAUGCACUCUCCUCCAGAAAUGCCUGCAGCUCCUGAUUUACAAUGCCAAAUGAUUCAAAGAGUCACUCACCAGUAUAAAAUAUGAUUGGUAUAGGAAAAAGUGAACACUGUCAAAAGAUGGCAAUCAUCCAGUCACUCCUUUGGAAGCAGUCACUGUAUAAUUGUGCUCAGUGAAGAUGUGGGGGCAAGGGAUGUGUUAGCAUGUGAAUGUAUGUUGACAUUUGUGUAUAUGUGCGUACAUGUCUUGAGGGGCAUAAAUGAAGCUGUCUGAAUGUGUGUGUGCAUGCCUGGGUGGUCACACUAGGGGUGGUUAGGUAGGGAAUUGAGGUUGCGGUGGGGCUUGUGUACUGUUGGGUGUGUAUGUAUUUAUAUGUGUGAGUACUCAGAUGUGUGUGUGUGUGUGUGUGUGUGUGUG